AUGAAUGUAGGGAAUAGGACUGAGUUAAAUACGUGGCAGAAAAUAAAAGAAGCAUUAAUACAAUGUUUCGCGGAUAGGCGCGAUUUAGACUGCAUAAUGCAGGAGUUAACGAGAACAAGACCAUUUAAAAACGAAAACUUAAUAACAUUCGUUAACAGAUUACUGUUACUAAAAAGUCAGACUAUAGAAAGGAUAAGCAAUAAUUUAAAUCUGAGUGAAAUAGAUCAAAAAUGCCAAAUUAACCAAUGCGAGAAAACAGCCUUGAACACCUUUAUAGCGGGAUAUUCAGGUACUAUACGAAAUAAUAUGUACCUGAAAAAGCCUAGUUCAUUAGAAGAUGCUAUGGCUUAUGUUUAUGAAUUCGAAAAUUUUGAAAAGCUCUACGGCCAAUUCUAUGAGCCUAGGAUUUGGUAUUACAGUAAUAGUAAUAGUACCAAUAACACUACCAAAAACCCUGGUGGCAACGCCGCCUGGAACGUUUCAUCGAUACCAUUAGGAGUGAGCUAA